AUGAGUGCCUUCUCUCCUAGACGAAGUGCCCGCCUUGCUCAAGAUCAAGCACGCUCGCUUACAUCUCAAUCGACUCCUUCUUUUACAUACUCUCAAUCGUCGAGUCUGUCUUCUACCGCGCAUCCUAGCCCGACGAACGACGCUCUCAACCCUCCUCCGCCUCCGUCCACGCCUCAACAACCAAAUCUGCGACACCAGCUGCAAAAUAACUACGCUAUGUCCCAGCAGCAAGCCUUCAACGCCCCCUUGCCGUCGCCAUCCGCUAGCGACAUGAGUCCCUUCUUCGGCCGCUCGAACGCGAAUUCCCAGCCCACCUCAUUUACCUCGCAGCAAUCCGUCCAGACUGCGUCGCCUUUCGAGCAGCAGGCCUACGGGCAGAAUCAAGAGCAGUCCUCACAAUUUCACCCUCACUCCAACUCAAUGUCUCAAGCUCGGCCAGCAAUCAACAGCAUGACUCCACAGAUGCCAGCAGAUUUCCUUGCUGAGGCAGCCAAGCGAGCGCAAAUUGCCUGUCUGAUGCGUGACAUGGGCGAUGUCUCUCUGUGA